AUGAUCUUAACCGCUUCUAUGGGUGGUGUUCAUGUGUGUCGGGAUCAAUUACAUAUUGUUAUAACAAUGUCCCCUAUCGGAGAUGCAAUGAGAGUGCGAAUUCAGAAAUUCCCAUCAAUUAUAAAUUGCUGCACUAUAGAUUGGUUUGAAACUUGGCCUGAAGAUGCAUUAGAAGCCAUUUCAACGCGACUUCUCACCGGGGAGGAUUUAAGUGAAAAUGAGAGAAAGGCUUCCACAGAAAUGUGCUUGUACUUUCAUUCAUCAACUCAAAAUCUUUCAGAAAGGUUUGCGAUACGAUUGAAAAGAUAUGCAUAUAUAACUCCUUCUUUAUAUCUUGAAGCGAUAAAUACAUUUAAAUUUCUUCUAUCUACUAAAAAAUGCAAAAUUUUAAAUGAAAGAAAUAAGUAUCUCGUGGGUAUAUCACAAUUGGAAAUUGCAGGACAACAAGUAAAUGCUAUGCAAGAGCAACUUCAAGCUCUGGAACCUAAACUAAGAGUUACUGCGGAAUCGGUGGCUGAACAAAUAACUAAAAUUCAAGUAGACGGCGAUAAUGUGGCAGAACAACGAUCAAAUGUUAAAAAUGAUGAAGAAACAGCUUUGGAGCAAGCUAGACUCGUGUCAGAAAUUAAAGAAGAAUGUGAUGCUAAAUUAUCUGAGGUUUUACCUAUUCUUAAUCAAGCCUUAGCAGCUCUUACCACAUUAACACCUACUGACAUAUCUUUCGUCAGAACAAUGAAAAAUCCGCCAAUUGGUGUAAAAAUAGUUUUGGAAGCUGUGUGUAUUCUUAAAGAUGUUAAAGCAGAUCGCGUACCAUCUACAUCUAGUGCCGGCAUUAUAGACGAUUACUGGGGCCCUUCUAAAAGAAUAUUGGCUGAUAUUAAAUUCGUCGACAGUUUGUUAAAUUUUGAUAAAGAUAACAUUUCACCGCAAACCAUUAGAAAACUUCAGGAAAAAAUACUGAAUAACGAUAAUUUUGAGCCAGAUAAAAUAAAACAUGUUUCCACAGCCUGUGAAGCACUUUGUCGGUGGGUCAUAGCGUUGACCAAAUACGAUGCAGUGAUUAAAAGCUUUGCACCAAAGAAAAUGGCAUUAACAGAAGCUGAAAAUCGAUACAAGAUUGAAGGCAACUUAAAAGAAAUACAAAGCAUUCUUGCUGAGCAACAAAUUCAACAUCAAAAUUUAAAGUUUCAAUAUGAAUGGUGUACGCAGAGAUUACAAAGGGCACAAGAACUAAUGCUUGUGUUGGGUGGCGAAAAAUUUAGAUGGAUUUCUGCAGCGGAACUUUUGACAGAAAAAUAUAAUACGCUAACUGGAGAUAUUUUAAUAUGCUCCGGUCUUAUUGCGUAUUUAGGACCUUUCACUGCAGAGUUCAGAUCACAACAAAUAGAAAAUUGGGUAAAGAAGUGUCUAACCUGCAGCAUUAAAUGUAAUUCCAAUUUCUUAUUCAACAACGUACUGGGUGAACCUAUUAUGCUAAGAACUUGGGCAAUUCAGGGUUUACCAGCCGGUACUUUUUCUAUUGAAAAUGCAAUUUUGAUUGAGAAUUCACGACGUUGGCCGCUUAUAAUUGAUCCUCAAGGUCAAGCAAACAAAUGGAUCAAAAACAAAGAAAAAACUAGUAAGCUUUGCAUUAUUCGACCAGGGCAAGCAGAUAGUACAAGAAUUUUAGAGAAUGCACUACAAUUUGGAUUACCAGUUUUGUUAGAAAACGUCCUUGAAGAUCUUGACCCGAUGUUGGAAUCUAUUUUAUUAAAGCAAACUUUCAAACAAAGUGGAGCAUCAUGCAUAAAAUUGGGGGAUACAAUAAUAGAGUAUAAUGUUAAUUUCAGAUUUUUCAUUACUACAAAAUUAAGCAAUCCCCAUUAUUUACCGGAAACAACUGCAAGGGUUGUGUUAAUAAAUUUUAUGAUUACAGCACACGGAUUGCAAGAUCAACUUUUAUCUAUUACGGUGUCUAAGGAAAGACCUGAUUUAGAAGCAGACAGAAAUGCAUUAAUUAUUCAAGAGGACGAAAGUAGCAGAUCAUUGUUUGAUUCUGAAAAGAAAAUUUUAGACAUUCUUUCUACGGUGGAAAGUAUUUUAGAAGAUGAGUCUUCGGUAAAAACCCUUUGCUCAGCAAAACUUCUAGUAAACGAAAUAAAAGAGAAACAAGGACUUGCCGUUUUGACUGAGGGGCAAAUUAAUAUCGCUCGAGAAGCUUAUAACUCAAUUGCUAGGCAUGCAUCUAAUUUAUUUUUCACAAUAGUUGAUUUGGCGCAUAUUAAUCCCAUGUAUCAGUAUAGUCUGGGUUGGUUUUUUACGCUAUAUGCUAGCUCUAUAGAUCACACAGAAAAAGUAGAAGAUUUGACUUCCAGAAUAGAGGACUUGCAAGCUCAUUUUACUUACAGCUUAUACAAAAAUGUUUGUCGAAGUUUAUUUGAAAAGGACAAGCUACUGUUUUCGUUGACACUUUACAUAAAUUUGUCGAAAGCCAAAAAUGAAGUUAGAAUAAAUGAGUGGAUGUUCUUAUUAACUGGUAAUGUUGGAUUGCAUAAUGAGAUUUGUAAUCCGACUAAUUGGUUUCCUGAGCAUAAAUGGGAUGAAAUAGUUCGCUUAUCAUCUCUUCAAGAUUUCUCAAAUUUAGCAAAGGAUUUUCAAGAACGACCAGAGGAGUGGAAAGCAUUUUUCGAAUCUACUGAUCCAAAUAUAGAAACACUUCCGGAUCCUUGGGGAAAUUUAGGAAAAUUUCAAAAGCUGCUGCUAAUACGAGCAUUUCAUCCAGAUAAAUUAAUACCCUACAUACGAACGUUUAUUGCAGGAGAACUUGGAAAAAACUUUAUUGAACCACCGCCGUUUAGUUUAAAGGCUUCUUUUGGAGACUCAACUUGUAGUACACCUCUAAUAUUCAUGACGACACCUGGAACAGAUCCCACAGCUACUUUAUUAGCAUUUGCGGAUGAACAAGGGUUUGAAAAAAGCAAAUUUUUAGUUUUGUCGCUUGGCCAAGGUCAAACACCCGUAGCACUUAAGCUAAUUGAAGAUGCUUCCAAGUUAGGAAGUUGGAUUCUUUUGCAAAAUUGCCACCUUGCUACAAGUUUCAUGCCAACAUUAGAAAAAGUUUGUGACAAUUUAAAGCCAGAUUCAAUACAUCCCGACUUUCGAUUAUGGUUAACAUCUUGCACCUCAACAUAUUUUCCAAUAUCGGUUUUGCAAAAUGGAAUCAAAAUGGUUGACGAACCCCCAAAACACUUGCGACUGAACAUUUUACGCUCUUUAAAUAAUAAAUCACAUUGUGAUUUGGAUUUAAACGAAUUCAGUAAUAGUUCUACCAGCUUCAAUAAACUUCUGUUCAGUUUGUGUAUUUUCCAUGCCGUUGUGCAAGAAAGAAGAAAUUAUGGACCGAUAGGGUGGAACAUUCCAUAUGAAUUCAACGAAAAGGAUUUAGAAAUAAGUUUGGUUGAACUGAAAUUGUUUUUUGAUGAGCAUGGUAAAAUUAACCUUGAAGCUUUAUAUUACAUAAUCGGAGAAUGUAAUUAUGGCGGACGUGUAACAGACGACUGGGAUAGACGAACUUUGAAAACUUUGUUAAAAAAAUUUUGUGCCCCAGAAAUAUUGGAUGAAAGAAAAAUUUUCUACUAUGAUAAAAGUGAUAUAUAUUUUUUACCAAAUGAACAAAAGCAUGAAAAAUACGUCGAAUAUGCAGAAAAUUUGCCUGCAGCUACCCCAGCAUUUUUUUUUGGAUUAAAUCAAAAUGCGGAUAUCGUAAGAGCGCAAGAGGAAACUGAGCUACUUCUUAGCGAUGUGGUUUUAACUCAGGAACGUUCAGAUCUUUGGGAACAAAGGGUACAACAAAAGUGUCAAAAACUUUUCAUCGAAAGAAUAUCCAAGGAAUUUCCGGAAAACUUUUUUCUUCCACAUCCUAAAGUUUCCUUAAUUUUUGUAAAAGAUUCAAUAUCUGUAAAAGAAGGAGGUCAAUGUCAGUCAAAAGAGCAAUUUAUCAUAAUUACAUCUACAACAAUAUUGCAGAAACUACCAUCCCAUUUUAAUCUAGAUGAAGUUGCUGUAAAAUUUCCAAUCAGCUAUACUAAUAUUAUGAAUACGGUACUGGUUCAUGAAAUGGAGCGUUUUAACAAUUUGCUGGUACAUAUUAGAAAAACAUUGAUUAAGUUGAUGAAUGCUGUUAAAGUUGUGACGCUCUUAAAGUAA